UGAUAAAAUUGCAACAAACAUUGUUCAAGACUAUUCUCUGAACUUUAGAUUGUUUCGGACAAUUGAAUCAUUUAGAGUGAAUUUUAAGAAAAUAUUUAUUUGUGAAGGAACUGAAGGAACUGAAUAUUAUUACAAUGAAAUUACUGAUUGCUGUGGUUUUUGCAUGCAUAUGCUAUUCCCAAAGUUUCCUUCUUAAGGAUUUUGAUGAUUUGAAUUUAUAUCCAAGGAAUAUUUGUAAGAGAUUCGGAAAUGGCAAAAGAUUCCCAGUACCAUAUAACUGCAAUGAAUAUAUCAUUUGCAUCGAUGAUGUCAUGCGAGUAAGAAAAUGUCCAAGUAGUCAUCCAUACUUUGAUUCUUGCACAUCAAGCUGUGACCUCAGAUCAUUAAUUUGUCAAAGAAAUAAUUGUGAUGAUGUAAGUUUAAAGGAAAUCGGAAAUUACCUCAUAAGCAGCUUUAGUUCUAUAAGUAUUUCACAACGGUUCCACAUUUCGAAAGUUAAAGACCAAUUUACCUUCUUUUGUGUUAAAAAAUAUUUGAAGAUGAAAUUUAUGAUUUUAAUUCCAAUUCUGGUCUGUGUGAUUUUAGACAUAAGUAAUGCUAAGGAAGAAGCAGAAGCAGUUGAUAUCAUUGAAUCAGGAAUUUGUUAUAAUCAACAACCAGGAUCAACAUUUCCAGACCUUAAUAACUGCUCUCAAUUCAUGAUUUGUAUUGAUAGAAAUGGUUUAAUUCUUAGUAGAUGUCCUCAAAAUAUGCCAUAUUUCGAUCAUUGCUUGUCCAGAUGCGUUUCUAACCGUUAUGUGUGCACAGUUGUCAAUUGCUAUGGAGGUACAACUAUUGGAACAACUACAGCACUUCCGUGGUCAACUACUCCUACCACAACAUAUCACGUAUCACUACCAGGAACAACUCGCACAACUACAGGAUGGGCAACAAUAACAUCAACAAGACGUUAUUAAAACUCGACUUCAGGAGUAUAGUCGCUUUCAGAGCUCUUUACAAUUUAACAAUUCCAAUAUCAUUUAAUGCUAUAAUUUUAAAAAUAUAUUCAAUUUUUUUCAACCAUUUUAAAUAUUGAUUCACAAAAAUUUGCAAAAUAAAUUUACAGCACUAAAAAGCUAAAGGAAGUGAAAUAUUUAUUAGACAACUCAAUAAGGUGAUUUAAACAUAACAAGAAUUAAAAUUAUUUCUGUCGAAAAACUUUGCUAAAGAUCGAGUGAUCUAAAAAGCUAAUAUGACACAUUAAAAUAUUCAAAUAUUCAGGAUUAAGUCAGACUUUAUUGGAUAUAAUUAACAUAAUUCGUCCAAAUAUUCAUCGAAAAUCAUUUCCAGAAAAAAAAAUCAUCUUUGAAAGACUUGUAGAAGGUGUCAUCUGACAUCAUCGCUGUUAACACCACAGACAUGAUCAUAUCCAGCUGAUUAGCAAGCAUGCGACUGAUGAAUUGUGUUCGAUUUGAGACGCGUGUUGAGUGAAAUUAUGGACACUCAAGUAUCAUCAGACUUAGUGAAUAAAUUAUCGACUUGAUGAGUUAAUUAAGAGGCAAUAAGAAAAAAUUUCCAGCCAUUGAUUUUCUAGAAAAUUACUUAAUGUGACUUGAUUUAUGGAGCUGAGAAAAGGACGAUGAUUUUUUAGAGGUUAAGUUUCGGUUCCCAAAAAGGAUAAUUAAGAGAAGUUUUAGGUUACAGUCUUUUGAUGUAUGCACCACUUUGUAAUUUAGAUCCGUUUGAAUGAAGAAUAGCCCAAAGAUUUGUUUUGAUUUAUGAAACCUUCCAAAUAGCUAUCAUAUUAUGGAUUUAUAGACCCAAAUGUGAAUGAUUUUUAGAAAAUUUAUGAAAUGUAGAGUAAUAAUAAAAAAUGGCACAAGAUGACUUGAUUAGAAUCAGAGUAGCGGUAAAUGAUGUUAUAAAAAUUUAUGAACAGAUCAUUGAUUUCGUUCUAGUUUUGUAGGAAAUUGUAAGGUAUAAUUUUAUUCUAGAUUUAUCUAUAAAUGAAGGAUUGUCUAAAUUAGAUUGAGGCUAAAGGCUAAAAGUAAGUAAAUUGGUUGAAAGUAGUUUGAGAGGCUUAAUAUUUUUAUGGAAGUUCAAAGAUUAAUUUAGAAGUAAAAUUCUUAAAUCCAACUAUGAAUUAGGUUCUUACCAUUUUCAAUUAUUUCAUAGAACAUCUCUUCAUUUAAAUUUCGAAGCUACAAACUUAAUCCCUUUACAAUUCAUAGACAUAAUCAUAUUAGGUAUGCUCAAUAUAAUUUGUGGUCAAAAUUACAUAGUUAAACAACAUAUCUUUAGCAUUUCAAACCAUAUGCAUAGAUCAAAACAAAGAAUUCAUUCCAAUAACCCUAACCCAAUACAAACAAAAGAAAACAAAAAACUUUAAUUGUAAUUCAUUAAGAAAUCAAAAACAUGUUGAAUCCCACAGUUCCUCUCAAUUUCUUUCUCCUUACGUGUUCCAAUUUCAUUUCAAUAAAAUACCGAAAUUUAAUUUAUUCAAAGUUAAGAAAGAAAAAAAAGAGAAAAUAAAGAAAUAAAAGGCGACGAUGCCCG